CACUUCAGUUGCCGGUUAAUACAACUAAAACCCAUUCGCUGGCAGCUAGCUAAAGGUUGGGCUGUUUAAUUUCUGAGUGGGACUAUCUGUACCUGGAAGCCCUACCCGUGUGAUCUGGGCCUGAGCUCUGAGACUGAAACCUCCUGUGGCCUCAUCAGCUGUGUUUUUACUCAGUGAAGAUAUGCUGUGCCCAUCUGCUAAUCCUGGGAGUGCAUGUAGGCUGCUAGUCACUCUACUGUAUGGACUGGAGUCUUAUAUGGAUGCUACAGAGGACAGCAGCUUUCUACAAGACAUGCUUAUGGGCAAUAGUCUACAUGUGCUCAUCAAGCUCCAUGACAAGCUGCAGAGGUUUGGGGCUCAGCGGCCGGCUCCGUUCCAGGACAACGCUGAGGAUCUGGCCCGGGAGUUAACCAAGGAGCUGCGUACUUUAGUGGCUCGACCAGAGAUUGUCGAGUUGCUGCAUGUGCUUACCAAACCCCAUGUUCAGAACCUUCUCUCAGUGCAUGAUACUGUGGCCAAGAAAGAUUAUGACCCCAAACUUCCUCCACUGCCACCUCUGCCUGCUGAUGAUGGGGAGGAUGAGGAAGACUCUGUCAGGAUUAUCCAUCUGGUCAAAAGCAAAGAGCCACUGGGAGCCACCAUCAAAAAGGAUGGGUCAUCUGGUGCCAUUGUGGUAGCCCGGAUUAUGAGAGGAGGAGCUGCGGACAGAAGUGGUCUUAUCCACGAGGGGGACAAGCUCAGGGAGGUCAAUGGAGUUCUAGUGGAAGACAAGAGACCAGAGGAGAUUGUCCCCAUACUGGCCAAGUCAGAUGGGGCAGUAACCUUCAAAGUAAUCCCAGGCACCAAAGAGGAGUUGGAAGCUGAAGACACCAAGAUUUUUGUCAGGACGCUUUUUGACUACAAUCCGAAAGAGGAUCCCGCUAUUCCGUGUAAGGAUGCAGGCUUGGAGUUCAGGAGGGGAGAUGUGCUUCAGAUUGUAAGCCAGGAAGACGACACUUGGUGGCAGGCCAGAAGGCAUGGAGAUCCCAACCUUAGGGCUGGACUGAUCCCCUCCAAGCAGCUUCAAGAAAGGAGAGUCGCUUUGCAGAGGCCCGAAGCUCUCUUCCACCCAGCGAGAGUGCCAAAGCCAAGCGCCGACAAUGAGGAAGCAGAUGCAGACUAUGGGGCCAUAAGCGGAAUACACAUAGCUGGCUUGAGGAGAAGUUUUCGGCUAAGCCGGAAGGACCACAAGAUCCAUGAUUCCCAAGCAAGAUGGAGAAAGAGUGAGGUUCUAAGGGCCAGGAACAUCCCCAGCUAUCAGGAAGUGGUUCCUUACAACAGAAAGCCAGGAGAACCAUACCGUCUAGUGCUUCUGGUUGGGCCCAGUGGGGUGGGUGUGAGUGAGCUGAAAAGAAAGCUGCUGCUCUCUGAUCCAGAACACUUUGGUGUGCCUGUACCACACACGACCCGUGAGCGCAGAAGGUAUGAGAGAGAAGGAGUGGAGUACCAUUUUGUGUCCAAGCACGCUUUUGAAAAAGAUAUUCUCAACCACAAGUUUAUAGAGUAUGGAGAACACGGGGGAAACUAUUACGGCGCCAGCGUAGAUUCGGUCCGCAGGGUUCUAGCGGAGAGCAAGGUGUGCCUGCAGGAUGCGGAACCGCACGCAAUAAAGACUUUAUAUACAGCAGAAUUCAAACCGUAUGUGGUGUUUGUGAAGCCUCCAGCAAUGCAACAGCUGAGGCUCAGUCGGAGAAGAGCAAAAAUCCUGUCCAGUUGCAAUGAGCCAACACCCAUGAGGACGUUUUCGGACGCAGACUUUGAGGAUAUGAUUAAGACAGCCCAGGCAAUGGAGAACAAAUACGGCUACUUGUUCGAGAAGAUCAUCAUCAAUGACGAUUUAGCCUUGGCAUUCGCAGAAAUCAGAGCGGAACUGGCAGGACUUGAAAAAGAAACCAACUGGAUCCCAAAAACAUGGGCUCAGGCUUGA